AAGAGUGGGAGAAGUGAACAGUCAUUUCCUUUUGCUCUCCAGACAGCGAGUGGGCUUUUUUCUGCUCGCUAAAGCUUCAAUAGAUUCCGAAAGCAACACUACCGCAGAGAUGGGAUUACUUGUCACUGUCCUCCUGCACUGGACGGAGGUCUGAGGCGAGGUCUAGCGGGCAAUAACAUCCUCUGGAAAAUAAGACAACUAAAGCUUUAAGGGGCCAUGCCGUGCGUCCAGACCCAGUGCGGCUCCUCUCCACAAGGAGCCAGCCCGGCCUCUCAGGGCGCCGGCGGAGAGCGCAGCUGCGACUUCCUCACACCGGAGUUUGUCAAGUUCAGCAUGGACCUUACCAACAGUGAAAUCUCGGCCUCAACGUCGGGUCCCAGUUUUGGUCCUUUGGGUGACACUUAUGGCUCCGGGUACGACGUGAAGACCCCGUGUCUCUUCCAAAUGCCGUUGCAGGGGGAGCUUCCGUGCGUCAAGGUGGAGGACGCGCACGGGUGUCCGCGGUAUCAGCCGAAUCAGCAUCACCAGCAGCAGUCCGAGGAGCUGCUCUCCUCCCCGGGCUCCGUUUAUUACUACCGCUCCCCGUCGCCGCACGGCCCCAUCACACCCAACUUCCAAACUCCACCGGGACACAUAUGGGAGGACUCCGGCUCUCUGUACACUUUUCGACAAGACUAUUUGGCGGCGGCGCACAGGAAAAACGCGCUAUCCAGAUUCUCGCUUUUUUCCCUCAAACACGCGCAACAGCAGAGCUUGUCCACCUGCCAGAUGAAAUUUGACGGGUCUGUCCAUGUGUCCAUGAACGUGGACGCAGCCGGGGCGCACCAGCCGCUGGACAGCCCCGGGGUUUUGGGCUCUAGUGCCCUCGGAAAGCAGCCCGGAGUGGGAUUUCCCCACCCCCUGCAGCUCGCCCACGGCCACCGCUUUAUGGACUACCAGACUUGUCCCGCUGCCAGCCGAGGACCGCUGAGCACGGAGGGGCUGUGCGCGGUGUGCGGCGACAACGCAGCCUGCCAGCACUACGGAGUGCGCACCUGCGAGGGCUGCAAGGGUUUCUUCAAGCGCACAGUACAAAAAAAUGCCAAGUACGUGUGUUUGGCUGCUAGAAGCUGCCCUGUGGACAAACGCAGGAGGAACCGAUGCCAAUAUUGCCGCUUCCAGAAGUGCCUUGCAGUGGGAAUGGUCAAAGAAGUGGUGAGGACAGCCAGUCUGAAAGGUCGAAGGGGUCGCCUGCCGUCCAAACCUAAAGCUGUCCCAGACACGUCUUUACCUGUCAGCACCCUCCUGAGCGCCCUCAUCAGGGCGCAUGUGGAUUCGAACCCUCCACCUUCUCUCCUCGACUGCUUCAAAUUCAAAGAAAGUCCAGGCAGCCCGCUUGGAGACGACGCUCAGCACGUGCGGCAGUUUUAUGACCUCCUGACCAGAUCCAUGGAGGUGAUUCGAGGUUGGGCGCAGAAGAUCCCGGGCUUCACCUCCCUGCCCAAACACGACCAAGACCUCCUCUUCUACUCUGCCUUCCUGGAGCUCUUUGUUUUACGAUUGUCAUACAGAUCCAACCCGGAGGAAGGGAAGCUGAUCUUCUGCGACGGGACAGUGUGGCACCGGCUCCAGUGCCUGCGGGGCUUUGGGGAGUGGAUUGACAGCAUUGUUGAAUUCUCCGCUAAUCUGCAGAGGAUGAACCUGGAUGUAUCCACCUUCUCCUGCAUAUGCACCCUCGCCCUGGUCACCGAGCGACACGGACUGAAGGAGUCGAAUAAAGUGGAGGAGCUGCAGAACAACAUAGUCAAGUGUUUGAAGGACGGGGACGGAGGCUCAAACUGUUGGUCCAACCAUCUGUCCAGACUUUUGGAAAAAUUGCGUGAACUGCGCACCCUGUGCAUUCAAGGCCUGCAGAGGAUUUUCUAUCUGAAGCUGGAGGAUUUGGUUCCCCCGCCUGCAAUAAUAGAUAAGUUAUUCCUCGACACGUUGCCAUUUUAGAGACAUAAAGAGACAUGUGGACAGUUUCCUCAACGAUGGCACUGUUAGACUUAUUUUAUUCAUCCCCUGACAUAUGUGCAUUGCUUAAAGAGACAUUUUAAAAAAUCUAAUAUUGAGUUGUUUAAUCCUCAAAAACAAGUGGAAAAUUUGUGAUUUUCUGACGCAAAAAAUCGAUUAAUUUAUAGAAUUGUGACCACUUACCUGUAAUUUUCUGCAUAAUACAAAAAAAUCUGCUUUGCAAAAGAAGAAUUAACACAUGGUGACUUUUUCCACUGUGCGGAUUAUAGCAGGCUCAAACAGACACAUUUUAUUGCUGUCUACAAGAAACUAAUUUAUAGUCCUACUUUAUCUUAUUUUUAUAUGUUUGGCAGGUUUGUUUCUGCUUCUCAGCCUGUACAGAGGCACUUUUGAUACGAGUGUGUGCCACCAUGUGUAGGUUUUUUCACAACAUAUUAGUGAUUAAUAUAAUAAUAUUUGGUAGACUGUUGUGUUCUCAGAUUAAACUGUCAUUGUGCAUGUUUUAAUAAAUAAAUG